UACCAUUUUUUAUCUGCAGAAACUCAUGACCUCUCAUUGAAUUUUAUGAGUCAGCAUUGGAUUGCCAUCAAUGUUGCACGUGAUUUGUUUAAAUGAAUUGUGGCAUCAUGUCUCCAGUCAGCAUACUGCAGUGCUUGCUGCUGCUGCUGGCAUCGCUCUUGGUUUACGGUCAGCUGUCUGACCUUCGGCGCUGUGCAGAUCCUCAAUGUCAAAAAUUGAUCUCCAAAGCACACACCAUAAUGAAGUAUCCUUCUGGCACCACAGGAGUUUUAUCUUUCCCCAACAACGCUGAGGUCAAUGUGUACAGCAAGGAGGCUGGAUCAAACCCUGACUGGUGGGGUGUUGAGAUAAAUGGGAAAUUUGGUUAUGCCCCCAAGAAAUUCAUUCGGGAAGAUAAAGUGCUUCUUAAAGAUGACCUACUGACACACAUUGUUCCCGUUAUGUCUGCAUCUAUGGGCCUCAAAAAGGAAAUUCCAAUAGAUCCAAAAAUAUUGAGUAAAGUAAAUGAAGUUAAAAAUGAUGAGAACGAAGAUGGUGGUGAAGAGUUUGAUGAAGAGGAUGAGCUUGAUGGAAUACAAUUUUAUAACAAAGAAGAUGAAAGACAAGUUAAAGAUGAGCAGAAGCAAGAUGAUUUGACAGAGCCUUCACAAGCAUCAGCACCAGUAAACAAUGUUGCUUCUGUUGCUCAAGAUUCCAUAGGUGAGAAAUCCCCUCCUGAAAGUGUCUUACCAUCUGCUGAUAUUUCUCCUGUUAGUAUUUCAUCACCUCCUGUUCAAAUUUCUUCUGACCAGCCACUUUCAGUCAAAGAAAUAUCCCUUCCAACAAAUGUUGAGCAUACAGCAAGCAGCGACCCAGCCUCUAUCCUGCCCAGCCAAGUGAAAUAUGAAGUAGUGGAUGGCACUACUCUCUAUGUGGACAGUGGUGAUGUCACUGAGCCUCCUAUUCACCUACCAAGCUAUCAGACUCCCCCUCCCCUUCCAGCCACCACUACUCACACUGCACAUGUCAUCACCCCCACGCCUCCACUGACUCCAUCCCUGUCUCAGGAUACAAUCACCGUCCCUCCUACUGCUGGUGAAGAACCUUCCAGGAGCCAAGUUCUCAACACUCCUGAGUUAAUGAUGGUCUCUACAGGUCUGCCACAGAGUACAAUUGACAAAGGAGAAGCUCCUGCUGCUGCAGGCACACCGCCCAUUCAGCCUCAAAAAGAUCAUGUUUCUCGUGAAGAGCCCCCUGAGCACUUGAAGGCUGUUCCUAUUGGCAGUGGAAGUAUGAGCGUCACUUCUUCUGCUACUGAUGAGUCUAAACCAGAUGCUGCAAGCAUCCCAUCUAACCAGAAUAUAGAUGAGAAUUAUAAACAAAUUACGAAUGAAGGAGGAAUUGAUAACUUUCAACCUAGCAUUGUUGGAAUUCAGAGAGAACAAGCACCAAAUUCGAUUGGCAACUUUAGUUCUGACAGUGAGUCGGCCAUCCCAAUCACAAAUGCAGCAAUGACAUCUGAUUUCACUGCUCCUAAGCCUGAUGACGUAUUAAACAUUCCAGCUGAUAACAAACCUAAUGAAACUAAUGAACCAAAAGCGACUGAAAAUGUAGUUGAAAUAUCUGGAAAUAAUCAAGAUCAGACUGAGAGCUUGUCCCCAGAAGCUUCAGGGUUAGAUGGCUCACCAGAAACUUCAGUGCCAAAAGUGUCUGCAAGAGCCUCAGCAUUGGAAGGGUCCGCACAGGCAUCAGCAUUUGAAGGGUCCACUGAGGCAUCAGCAUUUGAAGGGGCUCCAGAAUCCUUUGCGUUGGAAGUGUCUCCUGAAUCCCUGGUCUUGGAAGGGUCUGGUAAUGAGCAAAAACAAGCUAGCCACAGCAUUCCUGAUGGUUACCCUGAAACUUUAGCUACCGUUUCUGAGUCUGAGGAUCUUGAGCUGGAGGUAGAGCCUCAAGACAGUGAUGUCAAAGCUGAGAAUGGAGGAAGCUUUUUUGGAGCAUUUUUUAGCGGCUGGUCAAGUACAGAGGAGCAAAAGCAUGAAGAUGAAGAUGAAGUAUCUACUGAUGCUCCCAGUAAUUCUGGCGAUGAAUCAAGUGACAAUCUUGUAAACUCGGGAGCUACUGUAGAAGAGAACUCGCAGAAUUCAGUGCAGGAAACGAGCUUCAUUACAACAAUGGUGAAGGAACCUCCAAGUGCGACCAUAACAAAAAGCCUGGAAGCUUCUGCUGGCAUUGCUGGCAUGCCUGGGCUGGCCUCUAAUACCCUUGCAGAUGAUCUGCGUCAACGCAAGAAAAAGAUGGUUAAAAAGAAUAUUGUUCAUGCUUUGAAAGUUUCUGCUGAUCGCACACUUGCAACGAGUAAGAAAGUCUCUUCAAAACCAUCCUUUGUGUCUGUGGGAGCCGUUCAUGAAGUGACGUCUUCUGGUGCUCUCCACACCCCUAAAUCUAUUGAAGCUACUCAUGCUUCAAUGCUGACGAGUGCUUCUCUUCCACUGAUUCAUUCUGAUAGCGAGACUGCUUCUGUGUCUUCAAGACUUGCAUCACCCACCUCUAUGACUACUAGGGCUCCUCCCUUCACAGUCACAGAACUUUUUUCAUCCAUGACUUCUUUACCAAGACUUGACACCAAACAAACAGAUGCCAUUCCAAGUCGGGAAGCAGGCAGUGACAGCCAUACACUAGCAGCCAGUGACAGCCAUACACUAGCGGACAGUGGCAGGCAUACAAUAGCAGCCAGUGACAGCCAUACACUAGCAGCCAGUGACAGCCAUACACUAGUAGCCAGUGACAGCCAUACAAUAGCAGCCAGUGACAGCCAUACAAUAGCACCCAGUGACAGCCAUACACUAGCACCCAGUGACAGCCAUACACUAGCAGGCAGUGACAGCCAUACGCUAGCAGCCAGUGACAGCCAUACACUAGCAGCCAGUGACAGCCAUACAAUAGCAGCCAGUGACAGCCAUACAAUAGCAGCCAGUGACAGCCAUACGCUAGCAGCCACUGACAGCCAUACACUAGCAGCCAGAGACAGCCAUACACUAGCAGCCAGAGACAGCCAUACACUAGCGGACAGUAACAGCCAUACACUAGCAGCCAGUGACAGCCAUACGCUAGCAGCCACUGACAGCCAUACAAUAGCAGCCAGUGACAGCCAUACACUAGCAGCCAGUGACAGCUAUACACUAGCGGACAGUGGCAGGCAUACACUAGCAAGCAGUGACAGCAUUUCAUCUGUUCAGCCCUUAUUGUCUGAUUUAAAUAGAAUGGCCAUAGUACCAGACAAAAAGGGCUCGUUGCUCAAUAGCCAAACCUCGGGCCUAAAAAACGAAAAUUUCAAAUCCUUGUCCGUUGAUUCACCAGAAGCAGGGAAGACAAAACCGACUGACGGUAAACUGGUUACUGAGACUAAGUAUGGUGGAGAUGAAGCACAGGAGCCUGCAGCUCACUCAGGCCAGGAUGAGUCAUCCAGUGCUGAGUCAGGAUAUUCUAGUGAUGAAGAGAUGAACACAAGUAACCCCAGCACAACCCAUGAGCCUGUAGCUGAGGGCGGUACUGAUUCACUUUCACAUGACCACCAGCCUGGCGAAGGUGAGGCCGAUGAGCCUCAUUCUGAAGAUGGCAAUGUUGAAAGUUCACUUCAACCUCCGACUGAGGCUUCGAGUGAAACGAAUCCUGAGUAUGCCCAUGCUUCUUUGGAUGGUCUGCAGGAUGAGCCCAACAAAUCCCAUAUCUCAUCUGAUUUGGAACAUGCCCAUUCUGAUGAGUCAGCAGACACUGAAGCACCUGAGGCAUCAGAUGCCAAAUCUCCCGAAUCACCAGAUCUUGGAUCUCCUGAGUCAGAAAAUGAGUCCUCUGUUUCUUCAGAUGCAAAUGCAGAAGAUCCUUCGGACCUGCACCACCCUGAGUCGCUCACUGGCCACCUGCUCAAGACUGUUGAACCCAUUAUACAGUGGUUGAGCGGUUCAUCGCAGCUGGGGGAGAGCCUAAGCCUGGCACUGGAGCACGACCUCAGCGCCCCCGUGGAGUCCCGUGGCUCGCUGAUGGCCAUGGCCAUCGUGGCCGCCACCAUCCUCCUGCUCUACGUCGUCCACGCCGCCUUCACCAGGAGCGCACGGGAGUCACCGCUGCUGGAGGCUCUCAACAGACUGGAGCACGAGCAGCACACCGCCGACGGUCUCAUCAUGCAGCUGAAGAGUCAGCUUACUUCCAGCCAGACUGCGGCUGCCAGCGGAGUAGAUGAGCAACAGUGGGCACAAGCCUCAGCUCAGCUUCGGGAGGAGAAUGAAGAGCUGAAAGCGCGUUGCGAUGAACUGGAGCGUCAGCUGGAGGAGUCCACCAGCAGCGGCCUGGAGAUGGACAAUAUGAUCCAGGACCUGCUCCACGCGCAGAAGGAUACCGCCAGCUUCCAGGAAGCGAUAGACAGCCUACAGCUGAUGCUUGACAGCCAGCGUGACAAGGUCGAGAGCUUGACGUCUGACCUCACCAUUAAGACCACUCUGAAUGAUGAACUGCGUACAGAAUCUGCUGCAGCGCGGGACAGAAUUGCCAAGCUCGAGUACCAGCUGGAGCAGGUAACACGAUCGUUGGAAGAAGUCAGCUCUGCCAAGUCUCGUGUCAGCGCAGAGCUUUAUUCAGAGCAGACGCGGCUACAGGAGCUCAGGACAGAGCAUGAUACUCUGACACAGAGUUACAGCCAAGCCACAGAUGCCCUGAAGGCCAUCUCAGAGCAGCAGAGCAGUGCAAAUCUGAGAGCUGAGCAGCUGGACAAGCUCCUUAAGACUCGUGAAGCAGAGCUGCAGGUGACGAAGGAGUGCCUGAAGCAGUUGAAGGUCUUCAAUGACGGCAGGGCUGGCAAGGACAAGUUAACGCAGCUGCUAGAUGUCGUCAAGGCACGCUCGGACCUGACGUGCGCUCAGCAGGAGCGCCGUGCGUUAGAGGCGGAGCUCAAGGAAAGUUCUGAGCAGCUGCAGAAGCUACAGGAGCGCCUUCAACAAGCGCAGCAGGAGGCAGAGCAAUGCAGGAAAGAGAAGAUGCAAGCGCAGCUGGAGCAGAAGGAAGCUCUCAAUAAACUUACUGUUCUCACUGAUUAUUUCCAGGAGGAGAAAGCACAGUUGACCAAAGAGCUCGAGUCGGAGUCAGGGUUGAGGCACACCGCUGAAGGUUCGGCCGAGUCAGUGAGCUCACGCAUCAGAAACUACGACAUGCAACUCAUGGCAUACAAAGCUCAGGUGGAGAUGCUGAAGAAGGAGUUGGAGGACCAAGAGGUGUCAUACAGGACGCAACUCGCCGCCCAGGAGCAGAAGGCGCAUGAAAGCUGGGUUGCUGCUCGGGCUGCUGAGCGCAAGUAUGAUGAGAGCAAGCAGGAAACUGCUCAGCUGCGCAGUCGUCUUCUGCUCAUGAGCAAAGAAAACAGCGAGCAACUUCCCAUCGCCAAACCUUUGCCUAAACAUGCUGAAGCAAGCAACGGCUCCCUGUCGUCUCCACGACCGCCUUUACACGACGACCUGGAUGGGGAGCACAGCCUGCCUCUAGACUCCCCUCCACCCAUCCCUCCUCCUCCUCACCUCCUCCCCCACCUCUUCCCACCGCCACCCCACCUCUUCCCACCGCCACCCCACCUUCCUGGCAUGCCUCCCCCACCUUUCCUCCCUCCCUCUCAUUUCCUUCCACCCCCUCCCAUGCUCGACCGUCGUCUGCCUCCGGCCGGCAGACUCGCGUCACCGCCGUUUCACCGCCGCAUCGAGGCAGCGUCGCCGCCGUUUCAUCGCCGUAUAGGUGCAGCGUCACCGCCAGAAUUAUUAGACCGCCAUUCGCCACCAAUUUUUGACCGACGAAGCUUCUCGCCCGCAAGCGAACGCUCGCGAUAUUCAGACCGUCAGUAUUCGCCUGACCGACACAGCAGAUAUUCUCCCGACAAAAUCGGCCGUUAUUCACCGGACCGACAAGGCCGCUAUUCACCCGACCGACAAGAUCAAUUUUCUCCCGACAGAUCUGGUCGUUAUUCACCAGACAGACCCGGUCGGUAUUUCCCCGACAGGUUGUAUGACCGUCACCACCCCGACAGGUACAACAAUUCAGACCGACAUUCCGACGCUUAUUCCUCGAACGGACGAAACUCGUCCCCCGACGGCGUAGCGAAGCGCACGUCGCCGACGCCCCCGCAGCGCCGACCAUACGACAACGGCGGUCAGCUUGGCAAAGGCAAGAAAACGUCAACGCCGCUGGGUCCCAACGAUCGGUGAACUUAGACCUUCAUAGCUUUGUAUUCAACGGCGCCAUUUGUUAGAUCGUCUAGUAAUAAACGCUGUUAUGUAUCUGUGGGUUUUGUGCGGUCUCAACGUGUAGGCUCAACUACGCCAGAGGUCAAGAUUAUUGUUUUUCGCAUACAGCGGAGAAGUGAACUGAACAAUGUUUUGCAGUGCAAUGUUUAUCUAUGAAAUUCAGGCAAAAUUUGGUCCUCGGAUGUCUGGUUGUUUAUUGCGAGAUUGCAGCGGUGUUACUUAAGCCUCGCUCGAUUACUAUACAAACUCUCUGUAGUUUGGUUUUAGGUUAACUAUUUAUUGGUAUGCCAUUGCUAUGUAGUGUUGUUAUGAAAUAAUGAAAUUCUUUGUUAUUUUUCAAGGGUUUAUAUGUGAAUGAAACCACCGGCCCAACCUUUGUGCGGCGAUGUUGUGUUAUUUCUUUAUUCAAUGAAGACGUUAUAAGUUGAGGCAGUUAACGUGAUGGAAUUGGUAAUUCUUCUCUCUGGCCAUCAUUUGAAUUGUUCGCCCGUGUUACAGUAUAUUUUUAUUGUGACGUCGUGACAAGACAUUGGUGGAACACAAAUCUUGGUUUUCUCAUUGCAGUGAUCACUAGGUAACUUAACAUUGUUUGAGGUCAUCGGCUCUUUUCUGUUAUAUUUUGUCGGCUAAGUCUAAAAAUAUCAUUGAAAUACUUCGAAUAUGUGUAAUGAUUCAUUUAUGGUGUAUAAAUAACUACGAAUUGAAUGAAUUGUAUGCUGUGGCAAUGUCAGCCUCUCUGUGUGGCGCAGUGUCCAGUACUGUUAUUUUCUGCUUAAGAGAGAUAUUAUGUACGGCUCUAAGGUUCAAUGGUUCUCUUAUUUAUGCUACUUUUUAAUUUUCAUGUAUUUUUCAAGACAAAAUGCUACUUGAU